AAUCGCGCGGCGCCGGGGGAGGAGCCCCGAAGGGGGAAAAAGAAAGUGCGGCGGAAAGUAAGAGGCUCGGAGGGCGAGACAGCCUGGAUCCGGGUCCUUGGGGCGCGCUUCGGCUAAGGGCACGGAGAGGAGCAGCUCGGGGAGACCCUCCGCCCGUCCCGCCUUCUGGUUGCGCUGGCUCGGGUUCCCCGGAAAGGAUGGGAAUUCUAUGGUGUGUCCUGACCAUCUACUUCUUUGGGAUCCUGCCAAAUGAUGCCUCUGAACGCUGUGAUGACUGGGGACUCGAUACCAUGAGACAAAUCCAAGUAUUUGAAGAUGAACCCGCUCGAAUCAAGUGCCCACUCUUUGAACACUUCCUGAAGUUUAACUACAGCACAGCCCAUUCAGCUGGCCUCACUCUGAUCUGGUAUUGGACUAGGCAGGACCGGGACCUUGAGGAGCCAAUUAACUUCCGGCUCCCUGAGAACCGCAUUAGUAAGGAGAAGGACGUGCUCUGGUUCCGGCCCACCCUUCUCAACGACACAGGCAACUAUACCUGCAUGUUGAGAAAUACUACAUAUUGCAGCAAAGUUGCGUUCCCCCUGGAAGUUGUUCAAAAAGACAGCUGUUUCAAAUCCUCCAUGAAACUCCCAGUGGAAAAGUUGUAUGUAGAAGAUGGUAUUCAGAAGAUCACUUGUCCAAAUGUGGAUGGCUAUUUCCCUUCCACUGUCAAGCCAAAUGUCACUUGGUAUAUGGAUUGUUCUUUAAUAAAGGAUUUUCAUAAUGUACUGCCUGAUGGCAUGAACUUGAGCUUUUUCAUUCCCUUUACUUCAAAUAAUGGAAAUUACACAUGUGUUGUUACAUAUCCGGAAAAUGGACGCGUCUUUAGUUUCACCAGGAGUGUGACUGUAAAGGUGGUGGGUUCUCCAAAAGAUGCAUCGCCCCCCAAUAUUAUUUCCCCCAACGAUCGUGUGAUCUAUGAGAAAGAACCGGGAGAGGAGCUGCUCAUCCCCUGUAGAGUCUAUUUUAGCUUUAUCAUGGACUCUCAUGACGAGGUUUGGUGGACGAUCGAUGGAAAAAAGCCUGAUGACAUCGCGGUCGACAUAACCAUUAGUGAAAGUUCAAGUUAUUCUAAAACAGAAGACGAAACGAGAACUCAAGUCUUGAGCAUCAAGAAAGUAACCUCUGAGGAUCUCAGGCGCACCUAUGUCUGUCACGCUAGAAAUGCCAAAGGAGAGGUUGACAGAGCAGCCACGGUGAAACAGAAAGCACCAAGAUACACAGUGGAACUGGCAUGUGGUUUUGGAGCUACAGUCCUGCUGGUGGUAAUUCUUAUUGUUGUUUACCACGUUUACUGGCUGGAGAUGGUUCUCUUUUAUCGGGCUCAUUUUGGAACAGAUGAAACCAUACUAGACGGGAAGGAAUAUGAUAUUUAUGUAUCUUAUGCAAGAAAUGCUGAAGAAGAAGAAUUCGUCUUACUGACCCUCCGUGGAGUUUUGGAGAAUGAAUUUGGAUACAAGCUGUGCAUCUUUGACCGAGACAGUCUGCCUGGGGGAAAUACAGUGGAAGCGGUUUUUGAUUUCAUUCAGAGGAGCCGGAGGAUGAUUGUGGUCCUGAGCCCAGAUUACGUGACAGAGAAAAGCAUCAGCAUGCUGGAGUUCAAACUGGGCGUCAUGUGCCAGAACUCCAUUGCCACCAAACUCAUCGUGGUGGAGUACCGUCCCCUUGAGCGCCCACACCCCGGCAUCCUGCAGCUGAAGGAAUCCGUGUCUUUUGUGAGCUGGAAGGGAGAAAAGUCCAAACAUUCCGGCUCCAAAUUCUGGAAGGCCUUGCGCUUGGCUCUUCCCCUGAGAAGUCUGAGUGCCAGUUCUGGCUGGAACGACAGCUGCUCUUCUCAGUCUGACAUCAGUCUGGAUCACGUUCAGAGGAGGAGAAGUCGUUUGAAAGAGGCCCCGGAACUCCAGAGCUCAGAGAGGUCUUCGGGGCCCCCCGCAGCCUCAGGCGCAGGGUCCAAGCAGCGAGGGAAGCCCUCGGCAGCCUGCCGCUGCUGUGUCACCUACUGUGAAGGGGAGAACCACCUGAGGAGCAAGAGCCGGGCGGAGAUCCACACCCAGCCCCAGUGGGAGACGCACCUCUGUAAGCCUGCUCCCCAAGUGCCACAAACUCAGUGGAUACAAAAUGGCACCAGCUUGGGACCCCCUCUGCCCCAGAUCUCUGCUCUUGCUCUUCACCAUUUCACAGAUUUAUCUAAUAACAAUGACUUUUAUAUCCUAUAACUACUGUGUGUGGUGGGGGGUUGCUGCCUAUCCCUACGAACCCUCUACCCGUCACGAACCUUUGGGAAUAACUGACAUUUUUAUUAUCUCAUGGACUAUUGGGUCUGUGUCCCUUUCAUUGUUUUUUUUUUAAAAAAAAACCUAUUUAUUUCUAGGAGUCAAAAGAUCUGAAGAACCCGAAUCCAGAGUUAUUGCCUCUAUCGGCCUCAGAAGAGCACACUCUUCUUGGGCCCUAGAAGGCUCUGAUUUUCUCCAACCAAGGAGGACUACGAGUCAUCAUUUUAACAAGGUGUUUGCAGGCAAUAGAUCAAAAUGUGGGGCAGGUUUAGCCCUCGGAGUUGCCUCAACACAAGGAGACAGUUGAAUACAGUGGUUUGUAGCGUGUAUUUAUACAACAUGAAAUAGCAAACAUUGACAUUUGUAAUGUGGUAGGAUUGCUAUAGUUAUCAUAUACAUUAAAUAGAGUAAGAUAAACUCUGUUGGGCUAACAACUCCAGUUUUUCAGCAGUUCCAUAUCAGAAGCCUUAUUUCUUGUUUAUGCCACAGGUCCAACAGAGGUACCUUUUUUUUUUUUUUUGGUAGCUUUGCCACCUAAAGUGUGUGGUUUGCUAUUGGUCAAUGCUUUGGCCUAAAUCAACGUCCAUUAUUCACAGAAUUUAUUGACCAGGAACUAGCUCCAAGAUCCUAAUACAGUCAUAGAGAAAGUCAUAGAAAACUUAGUCUUUCUGUGUCCCCAGGAAAAGAAAAAUUGAGUUGGGCUCGGCAAAUAACAUAGAAUAGGUAGCGUUGUCUUCUAUAUAGAAGACAGAAAUGAGAUAGCCUGAAGAGGGAAGACACUUUAAAUUGAGGAAGGACACAUGCUUUGAUAAUGAAAGAAUAGAAAGACUUGGUUGCCAACACCCCAAGGUAUCAAGAUAAAACAGCACACAGAAAGGAGUAGAUAUUUCACAUAAAUAUUCUCUAAAUAAAAGUUGUUGAAUGAAUGCAUAAUAAUUCCAACAGCUUCUCAUGAAGAGAAAGCGUGCUUAAAAAUGUGGAAGUUACUGUAUUUGAUUACUUUCCUGUCAGUGGCUUUAGUUAGUUCCCUAAGAAUAUGACACUCAAAUUAUCUGCAAAUGAGCCAUUUCAUUUUGAGUAUUCAAGGAGCCUCAGAAGAAUUGAAGACAUUUAAAACACAGCAGAGCAUGUAACAUCGUCAUUAAAAAACCACACAUGAUUCAUUUAUCUAAAUAGCUAAAUAGGAAACUCAAAUUGAGCAGGCCGAAAGCUCAGAUAAAGAGACAAAUGCUAGCUAGUAUGGGUACUAUGAACGCUAGUGUGAGAAGCAGUCUAUGAUCGGGAUUCUGUUUGUAUCAAAGGUUUGGAUUUUAUAUGACUUCUUUAUUAUGUAAACUAUCAUUUGAUUCUAAGAAAAAAAUCUCUGGGCUGGUAAAGAUGAGUUCUAAGGAGUUAAUAUACAAUAGCAAGUUAUAAAGUUGAAGAAAGAAGUGCUAUUUCCUAGUGUAGUGCAUGCAUUCAAAGUCCUUCUAAGAAUCAUUCGAAGAUCACCCCCCUUGGUUAUUUCAAACAUUUAGAAAUAUUUCAAUGCAAAGAACAAUGCUGAAAUGUUCCUAUGGGAAGAAAGCAGAAAGAUCUCAGAUAGAUUCUAAAAUCAGAUUGUGAGUUAUUUUUAUUUUAUGCUAGCUAAUGGGUAUUUUAAUACUCUCUUGAUUUAUUUUAAGAAAUUAAGAUAAAAUGGAACACGCAUCUAUUUUUACUUAAGACUCAAAAACAUAUAACAUCUUUUUCAUUUUCUAUCAUCAUAACUGUGUCAUGUGCUUUCAUUUAAUUUAUCAUUAACUGUACCCUGUUUGGGAAACACCUAGUGAAAGUGGUUCUUAACCAGAAUUGAAAGUCAUCCUGCAAAAAAAAAAACAAAAACAUGUAAAUAGAUGGGAUGAAACCCAGCCUAGUAAAUCUCCCUGAAUGAUUUAGAUGUGUGCUCUUGUAAGGAUAAUUGCCUUAAGUACUUUUACAAUUUUUG